AUGCUUCCUUUGAGGACGGCGUUGGCCCUUUUCCUGGCCACGCAUCUGACGCAGGCGGCCAUUUCGCAAGAGCCGCUGGGCUUCUCCUCGAGACGCAGCAAACUGAGUCUCGACGACAUUAUCCCCUCCCUCGACCCCAGCUCCGGAGACACCAAAUGCUGCCCCUUCGGGACGUCCUUCGACGGCAAGACAUGCGUUCUGGGCACCGCCACCUGCCACGGUGACGCAAUUCUCGAGGACGGGAAGUGUGUCUCCCGCACGGCUCCGAGAUGCGAUAGCGGCCAAAAAGUCAAUGACAAUGGCCUCUGCGUCACGGAAUCCGCCCCCCACUGUACCAGCCCCUUGGAGCUCAAGGGCCAAACCUGCAUUGACCCCCGCGGGGCGACGUGCGACGGCGACCUGCAGCGUGAAGGAAACCUCUGUCUCUCCAAGGUCCCGCCCCAGUGCAACGGCACCACCGACUACUUCCAGGACGGAUCUUGCGUUAGCUCGCAGGGCCCCACCUGCGGUGAUGGGAACGAAUACAUCGAUGGAUAUUGCGUCAGCCAGAGCCCACCCUCGUGCGGCCUCGGGAUGGACUUCGAUCCCAAGGUCGGUCUCUGCGUCUCGACGACCAGCAAUGGCUGCGCCCCCAACACCCAACCGAAGAACGGCGUCUGCGUGUCAGACACCGCGCCCCGGUGUGAAGCGGACGAAAAGCUCGUCCCCGAGAUCGACAAGUGUGUGGCUCGCCAGCCCCCAACCUGCGGGGACGACCCCUCGCUGCGCGUGGAUGGAAAGCAAUGCACAUCCAUCGACGGCCCUUCGUGCCAGGACGGCUACGAUCUCUCCUUCACGCCCUCCAUCGGUGCCACCCAAUGCUGCCCCAAGGGCUCCAGCUGGGACGGCGUCUCGUGUGUCUCCCAGACUGGCGACACCGGGUGCCUCCCUGGAUGGAACAAAUCCGGCGGAAGGUGCAAACGGAUGCCUCUCCCUGCCAUCUGUGAUCCGUUCACCGACCUCGUGGACGGGAAAUGCAUUUCCAAAACCCAGCCCGAGUGUGCGGACGGCUACGACAGGAGCAAAACCAACCAAUGCGUGGCUCGAACCGAGCCCGAAUGUCCGGAGGACACCAAGCUGGUCAAGGGCCAGUGUGUUUCCACUGUCGCGCUGAAUUGCCCGCAGGGCACCCACUUCGAAGGCGACCAGUGCGUGUCGGACACUGCUCCCCAGUGCUCCAUCCCCGGCGCUAGAUACGACGGCAAGGGCCACUGCGCCGUCGACGACAUGCCGAGCUGCCCAAGCGGUGUCUACGACGGCAACGCCUGUCUCACUGGCGAAGCACCUUUCUGCCUCAAGCCCUUCGUCUACUCCAACAGCCAGUGCGUCUCAUCCACGCGACCCAGCUGCCCGCACCCGUUCACCAUGACCCCGGAUGGCGACUGCAUCUCCAACAAGCAGCCCACCUGCGACACGGGCGUCCUCGUCAACGGCGAGUGUCUCGUCGGCCCGCCCUCCUGCCCCGACGGCACAGACUACCGAAACAAGCGCUGCGUUGCCCGCAAGUACCCGGAGUGCACGCAAGACGGCUACGAAUGGUACGAGCCGGAGGGAAAGUGCCGCAAGUCUGAAAGGACCGAGUGCGACGAUGGCUACCACGAGCAAGACGGCGAAUGCAUCUCCGACAUUCCGGGAGACUGCGGCGCCCUGGAACUCCGCGACGGACAGUGCGUGCACCCAGAACCGCCCAGGUGUCUCGACGGCUCCGGCACAUACUGGGAUGGCGAGGACUGCCGCUCCCCGGACCCGCCGGACUGUGGACCCAACAAGGUGUGGAAGGAGGACAAGGCCACCUGUGUGACAGAGAGCAAGCCUGUGUGCGAGAGCCCUGAUAUGGUGUUCGACCCGGCGCUCAACAAGUGCAUCACCGAAGACGGCCCGCAGUGUCCGCAGCGACAGCGGUUCAACCCGGCCAGCGAGAGGUGUGUGCUUAUUGUGGGAGACUGCUUGGAGUUCGAGUUCUGUCCGGCCGUGGGUGAUUCUUCGUCUUUGCCGGUGGAGGAGAUUGCUCAAUUUCGCCGCGGAAGGCGUGUAAUCUAA